UGGCACUUUAUCCUUCGCCGAAAUGCAUGAAAUGAAAGUCGAAGACCGUGCUGUAGCAUUUUACAAUUUAAUGUCCGAUUCGUCAUCCCGCAAAAGUGCUUAAUCUGUUGAAGACUGAAAUAUGGCGAGCCCAAAUAUGAGCUCCGAUUACCCUCAAUCGUUUUCUUUCAAGCUCCCAGCAGCCAUUGACGGCCAGGAUGUGUGUGUGUGUGUGAGCUACGAUUCUUUUGGGUCUGGGAGUUCUUGUGUUCUCGCCCACAUCUCGUACAUUGUCCUGGAGAGGGUGUUAGGCCUCUAAGGCCAGUUGAAUCGGUGUUGUGAAGUGAAUGUUUGUGUGCGGCCAUCCCACCGUUUCUCGGGAACUGUAAGCACACAGAAUUUCAUUGAACAGUCUCCAUCACUACAUAUAACAUGAUGAUCGCGGGGGAGGAUCACGAACCUAGAAGGCCCGAUCAAUAUGGACAACAGCAAGCGUUUAAGAUCUACUUUGAUCCCUCCGUCAUCCGACGGUUCUGCUUGUCGAUUCCAGUGCACUUCCAAGAUUUGGAACAAGCCGUUUUCAAUCGGGAGAACACCUCCAGUGCAGUGAGUGAAGGAAUGCUGAAGUACGAGGACUCAGAUGGAGAUCGGAUUUGUCUCACGAACGAUACGGAUCUAGUGGAAAUGAUGCGGGAACCAAACCAUGUUUACAAGAUCUAUGUCGAUGAGCCCAAGGAAGGCAAUGCCGUGGAGGUUCAAAAUGCAUUGGGCGGCCUCCAUGCCAAUGUUGUGUGCAUGUGCUGUCACGGUCUAGUGGCAGGCUUCCGAUAUAAGUGCAUGGUCUGUCCAGAUUUUGACAUAUGUGGAAGAUGUGAGAGCAGAGCCAGCCAUCCUGGUCACGAUAUGAUCCGAAUAUGCAAUCCAAUCUUCCAAUAUCCGCCCCAUUUUUUUGUCAGGAUACACAGAUUUUAUGAGCGAUUAAAUCUGGGCUCCCCAUCAAAGAUUAGAUCACCCACAACUUCCGCCCCAGGUUUGGAACCAAUGGCCAAAGAUCUUCUUGACGAGGAACUAGACAGUCCUGACAUUCAAUCCUUGGUCAUAAACGAGUCGUUUCCACAGGAGACCAAUCUCCUACCGUCAAUUGAAGAACUCACCAAACACAUGCAGAUAUUGGCCGAACAAGACGUUCCAAAACAGCUUGAAAUGGCCGAGCUUGACCACAAAAUUCAGUCAGAACCAUUAACCCCAAAGCCCGAAAAUGCCCCAGACCAGUCAGAGAAAUGUGAUAGUUAUACUGAGGAGCCCUUGAGGAUGUCAAGAACGGUUUCAGUGGAUCCAAUUAACUUGGAAUCCAAAGUUCAAUGCCAAACGAUGUCAGAUCCAACGGAAUGUAAGGCGGAAGAUACAAACCUGAAAUCAGAGGAACCCAUGGAAUACGAGUCAAUUCAAACUCUUCAAGAAGAGAUUGACAAACUCUUGGAACCUCUCUCCAAGGAGCCCAUCAAGAGUUUGGACUCUCGUAGAGCCUCAUUCUCAAAGUCGACCAGUAGCAGCGUUUCCUCCAGUCCAUUUGAGUUGUGCGAAAUCCCACAACGAGACAUCAUAAUUGAGAAGGCCAUCGUUGAGGAUACGGGCAAACGAGAACGUGAGACGGGCUAUUCGUCUGAGGAAGAGUUUAAGGCCACUCCAUCCAAAUCGGCCAGAAAAACGUCCAACGAAAGUACCAAAGCCCAGCAAGUUCUGUUCGAUGAAAUCACCGUGGCUGAAGUCACGGAGGAAGUUUGUGAGGAGAAUCUCGAGGAGGAUGCGGAGGAGGUGGAAGAGGAUGAAUAUGAAUAUGAAUAUGAGUAUGAAGAUGAGGAGGGAGAGGACGCAGAGUACGAAGAGGAAGGGGAGGAAGAAGAAGAAGAAGAGGAAAAUGAUCCUCAGCAAAGGCAACCAAGUUGGCAUGGAACGUCCAGCGAGUUGGAAAAGGAAGCACCUAGAGAGGUGAAGAUUAGAUUGGAAUCUCCGACAAAGCCAUCAAAAACCAGACCGACAUCAUCGAUUGCCAAUGAGGUCGACAAAUACGUAUUCUCUUCGUCGAAGAUGGAAUUAAGACGAGCCCUCCAUCGGGCCGGCAUUGAUUCCUCCAUCUUCAACGAGUCUGAAGCGCUGAAACAGAAAGAACCGGCCAAAAGCUACUCCAAACCGGGAUACGAACCAAUUUGGAAAGGCUCUUCAGGAAGUGAGAGCAUUUCCAAUCCUUACUCAUCAUAUAGUAGCUAUGGUCUGUAUAAGCCGGGGAUGGGCGUUUCAAGCAAGAUUUCCGACGCCCGAGAUCAAAUGCUAGCCAUGGGAUUUUCCGACGACGACGGUUGGCUGACCCAAUUGAUCACAAUGAAGAGAGGGAACAUCGACGAGGUCUUGGACGUACUCGCCCCAGUCUCCAAAUCUUAACAUCAAGUUCAUCGAGGUGUCCAUAUUUAUUUUGAAUCACUGUUCUUAAUAUUGAUUAACCUUCUAUACUACACAGAUAACUCUUGCCAUAGAA